AGCGCUCGCCCGGGCCAAGGUGCGAGCCGGGCCGUGGAGCCGGUGAUCAGGGCACCCCGCUAUUUCUUCUCUGGGGGGGAAUAAGACGAGAUCGGACUCUUAUUCCCUCCUUCAUUCCCCCACCCAUCCACUCACCCGAGCAAGACAUCAGGAAACACAGCCAUGGCCAACGAACGACUGCAGCAGCUUUCCAAGCACCUGGGCGCCAACCUCGGCGGCGCCCUCCUCCAGGGCCAGGUCGCCAUCAUCACUGGGUCCGGCCAGGGCAUCGGACGGGCGGCUGCGCUGCUGUUUGCCCAGCACGGCGCACACGUCGUCGUCUCUGACCUCGACGGCGCCAAGGCCGAGGAAGUGGCCAAGGAGAUCACCGACGCCGGUGGCUCUGCCCUCGCCAUCCAAGGCAACGUCAUGGAUCCCGACUUUGGCAAAAAGACUGUCAAGGCCACCGUCGGCAAGUUUGGCAAGAUCAACCACAUUGUCAACAAUGCCGGCUUCACAAACGACAAGAUGCUCCACAACAUCGACGACGCCACCUUCCAGCAGAUGCUCGACUGCCACACCGUCGCGCCCUUCCGGCUCAUUCGCGCUGCGGCACCCUACAUGCGCAUCAAGGAGCCCGAAAAGCGCGAGAACAGGAGCGUCGUCUUUGUCUCGUCCACCUCGGGCGUCCACGGCAACACGGGCCAGCUCAACUACUCUGCCGCCAAGUCUGCCGUCCUGGGCAUGACAAAGACCGUCGCAAAGGAGUGGGGUCCCUUUGGUGUCCGAUCCAACUGUGUCGCUUUUGGAUGGAUUCAGACGCGGCUCACGGGUGCCAAGGAAGCGGGCGCAUCCAUCAAGAUUGACGGAAAGGAGGUCAAGCUGGGCAUCCCCGGCCGUGCAGGCUCUUCGGACGUCAAUGCUACGGCCGACAUUCCUCUGAGACGACCAGGCGAGCCGACCGAGGCCGGUGCGAGCAUCCUCUUCCUCGCCAGCCCCCUCGCCAGCUAUGUCAGUGGCCAGAUCCUCGAGGUGACCGGUGGACGUGGUAUCUAAUUUAUGCUGGAAGCCAUGCGCUCUAUAAAAUUACAUUGUUGUCGUUCGUGCUGGAAGCCUGUUACGCCCUCUUU